AUGCGAGACCCAAGUCGUCCAGCCUGCUACUUCUUCCAUCUCCCUCGCGAACUCCGCGACAACAUCUAUGACAUAUGCCUCGAGACUCGGUCAUUCUGGGUCGUACGGGACAAUAAAGCAGAACUCGUCCACAUCGCCAACGCAGACCUAUUGCUUGUCUCUCGUCAAUUCCUCCAUGAGUAUCUUGCUCGUGAGCACGACCUCGCCGUCGUAAAGCUCACCUUCGUCGACGUAACUCCCGAACAGACCUACGCGAGGCUCUACAGGAUGCUAUCUCUUGCCAAGCGCAUGAGCCGUAUCAACGUCGACGUCGUCGUCGUCUGUCCUAUCUCAUCACCCUACAGAACGAUGGAGGUGUGGAUCGCGAAGUUCAUUCGCGCCUACCGACAACGGGUCACCAUAACUGCGAGAGAGUUUCUGCGGUUCGAAUAUUUGGCCGUUCGUAUCCAUAUGCGAGUGCCGCAAGCGCAGUGUCCGCCAGAACAGUUGGGUCCAGUGCUGGAGAGGGCGCAGUGGACGGCAUUCCCUCAGCUUGCAGGUCUGGAAGUCAUCUACGGUGCUGGGGACAGUGGGGAGCAACAGGCUACAUUGAGCUGGUCGAAGGAGCGUCGUCAGCUGGAGUUUGUGGGCGAGGAGAAGGGAUAG